GACUGAUGGAGGAGCAAUAAAAUAGUCCCAUGACUGAAUCUGUACAUAGUGUUGACAGCAUCUGUAGCGAUGACCCAGAUUUAGUCGACCUUGGAGCAAGCGCUUCAUCUGUAACAUUCCCAAACUUUCUUGUCAGCUAUGUGUACUUGAUGAACCAAGGUGACGAGGUUGACGAGACGUGGAAACAACACGUGUCAAAGGUCAUCUCAGAGUCAUCUGUGACCAAUACAGUUUAUACGUCGCAGAUCUUCCCCAAACUUUACAGGGAGUUGAGGAGAAGACUUGCUACAUUAACUAAAGAUGCUGUGUAUUAUAUUUCCAAAACAGAGGGACUGAAACAUAUUGGAGCUCAGUUAUAUAUCCUUUGUAAAGUUUAGCUUAAGUUUGAUUUG